CUGCCCGGGUUUGGUCGACUAUUGUUAUCGUUCAAUAUAAGCCUGAAACUCAACUUUGACUUAAAUCUUAGUCCUGACUAACGCAGGUUGUGUAAAAUGAAAUGUAGUUGACACAUGCAUAACAUUCUUUUGACUAGGUUACACAGCUGUCCGAAGCGGUCCGAAGCCUAAAGUCCCCUAAAACAUUUUAGCCUAGGCUAGGGUAUUUUUGUAAAUUGCCUUAGCAGGUUAUGGGCGAAGGCGUCUGCUUUAUCAAAUUUAAUUGGAAAUGUGAUUCAAACCACCACUACUCUAGUUUAUGGUGUGGUCACACACCUCACAGAAAUGGGAAGUUAGUCGCAUUGUUCUCUAAAUCAUGUCGAACAAUUCUCCAUAUUGAGGAAGUAACUUUAACUAUAAGUUCAGUAUCAGUCAGAAUUGUGUUCACUGUAAAAUAGCUGCAUGUGCAAGAAGUCAUUGUCGCUUUCGGACAUCAAGUCGAAAUGAUGGGGGAACAGUGUUGUAGUAAGCCUACUGUUAAAAGCUGCGGAGACGAUGGAGGAUUUGAGAUGGGCCUACCUGUGCAUGAAAAACUUACAAAAUCCAUUAGAUCUACUGACACUUUGAAUGUAGGCCUACAGGAAGACUCUGGUAUGCAUACGCCUCCGCCACAAGGCUAUGAUGCAGAGUUUGACCCUCCACUUGAGAAAAAAUAUGAAUGUCCAAUUUGUCUUAUGGCGCUCCGGACGGCAGUGCAAACUCCAUGUGGGCAUCGGUUCUGCCGUGGUUGCAUCGAGAGAUCAAUUAGGGACGCAGGAUCAAAAUGUCCAAUAGACAAUGAGGUAUUAACACUGGACCAGCUCUUCAGCGAUAACUUCGCCAAUCGAGAGAUCCUGUCUCUCACUGUGGCUUGCUGCAAUUCCGAAUGCCACCAGAAGAUGGAGCUCCGAUAUUUAGAAUCUCAUUUGGCCCAGUGCCAGUUCUCUACUGAGCCGUGCCCGUUGUGCCAGGCUGCACUGCAUAAGAACCAGCUGGACGAGCACACAGUCCAACACUGCCUACGUCGCCCAGUUCCCUGCCCUGCUUGUAUGGAAAUGUACAUCUGGGAUGAAAAACAGCUUCAUGAAGACCUGUGCCCUUUCGCCAGUGUGGUGUGCAAGUACUGCAGUGGAGAGCUCAUUCGUGACCAUUUGGCGUCACAUUGUGAUACAGACUGUCCUGAAGCUCCAGUCACUUGCACUUUCAGUUCCUUCGGAUGUGAGGAAAAGAUGUCACGCAGUUCCCUCGCCCAGCACAUGCAAGAAUUCACCCACUUGCACUUAAAUUCCAUGGCUGCCUUUCUCAAGCGCCAGAGCCUAUAUGGAGAGCCGUCGUCCAUGGGUGCGGCUGCGAGCAGUUCUGCAGUCACAUCUGAAAUGGAUACUGGCUCGGUGGACCACUUGGGCCUGCGACAAAUGCGUGAGACGGUGCAACAGCUGGACGGUCGCCUGGUGAGGCAGGACCACCAGCUCCGCGAGCUGAGCAUCCAGGCCCACACCCAGGCAGCGCAGCUGCAGCACCUGCACCAGCAGACCGCCACUCUGGAGCACGCCGUGCAGGAGCUGGAGGCCCAGCAGUGCAACGGUGUUUUCACAUGGCGCGUGGAAGGCUUUCAGGAACACCUCGAAAGCCACAGAGCCAAUCAGCCCGUGGUCUUGUACAGUCCAGGCUUCUACACCGGCCGGCCCGGCUACAGGCUCUGCCUGAGGCUGCAGCUACAGCCACCCAUUGCCACCCACAACCCCAACUUCCUGUCUUUGUUUGUGCACACCAUGCGUGGGGCUUUUGACCACCAGGUGGCCUGGCCCCUCCAGGGCACAUUAAAGCUGACCAUACUGGAUCCAGCUGAAGGUCUGCACAUGACAGAAGUCAUGGAGACCAAGCCAGACCUACUUGCAUUUCAGCGCCCUACUGCUGAUCGCAACCUGAAGGGCUUUGGUUAUGUCACUUUUGUGCACAUGAGCAAGCUGUCUAAGAGGUAUAUGAAAGACAAUGUCCUCCAGGUGUGUUGUGAGGCCACACCAAAACUUUAAGCUGAAGGGGAAAUUAAGCCAUUGUGGUUCACCUCAACAUUUGAAGAUGCUGUAAGCGAUUCUGGAUGACAUCACGUUUGUUGAUAUUUGAACCAAAUACCACACAAAAAACCAGAGAGUGAGCAUGCUUACUACACUAUGCUACAAUUACUCUGAAACAGAGUAUUUUGUGUAGUGUAUCAAUAUCCCUUGUUUUUUUAUUUAGUGUUUAACAUUCUUUCAGAAGUUCAAGCAACUACAAAUCAUAAUCGUAGAAAGUGUAAUCAUUGUCAAUGUUUGAAUAGUGUAACUAAGAACUGGGUUUUACCUAACAAAGAUCUUAACUCUGAAGAACAUUAUCAUAAAUAAUAAACAUCAAUGUUUGUGCUUAAA